GCAGAAGAAAAAUGCACGGAACCCUAGCCAUAAACAGCUUCGCUGUAAGAAUAGUUGCGCAGAAUUGCGGUAAAAAAACUUCGAACUAUAUCCAAGUGCGAACGAAGCCACUGCAAGAAGCCCCUCUAGCCUCCGCAGCGUUGACUGCUUUGUAUGGAACGGAGUAUACAUGCUCGUUGCUGUUAGCCAAAGAGCUUGUGACUCCUACCCGCUAUGAAUGAUUGGUCAGUAAGUGGAUUGAUGCGGGGCGGAAUCUAACGCUCCAUGGACGCAUUGCGUACUGACAAUUCUGGUAACCGAAAAUUAACGUAUGACUAUAUAUGAUUCGAAACAUAACCGCCGUGAACUCAUGCCCACCAGGACUACAUGCGCGAAUGUCCUGGAGCCCGAAACUCGAAUGUCCAGCGAGGCGAAAGUCCCGAAAUCGGAUAUUUCGUUGGUCGUUGUACUACAUUCAGACGCUUUGCUCAUUCAGGCAUGGUUGAGUAUUCCGUAUGCAGCAGAAUUACGAUCGCAUUGAUGGUGAUGAUGAUCUUAGAGCCGCUGGCACCUACCCACUCUGGUGGAUUUGCCAAGAAUCGGGCAGAUCUUACAAUUGGGUUGGGGUUUAAAUGUAAAAAUCUUAAAUUAUGUGGAGUAAUUAAGUGAUAACAAUUAGAAUACAGAGAUGAUUUCGUAAGCAGUCAUUGUGAUAGAACAAACAAAAAAGGAAGACAACGAGCGAAGCAUCAAAUGUCCUAUGCGAUUAGCAAUGAAAUCUACUGGAAUCACAAAUUAAUUUUUCUAUGGCGAUGCACAGAUCCCUGAGUGAAUUUCACAGCACGAAAUCCGCGACGGACAACAACGCAGGAGAUUUCAAUGGCAGGCCGAGCUGUCGCACAGUGAUAUGCGAGGUCCUCUUCCUCAGGGAGGAACAGCGCCGACAGUGCAGUAAGUAAUCAUUUAAUCGGUUGCAAAAAAUGGUGCAAUAGCGAAUCGCCUCCCGAGAGGACGGUGAUGAUAGUGCCUUGCGGGCACGGCGACGAGGACGAAGCUGUUAUGGCGGCGCCCCCGCGGAGCUGAGCGGAGCUGCGCCGAGACUCCGGCGGCAUGGCCGCGAAGUCUCCGAGCCCGCCCGCCGUCAGAGCCACCACCUCCAAGCAAUUCCUCGCCCUCGCCGGCUACAUCUUGGGCCGGGAGAUCGGCCAGGGCACCUACUCGAAAGUCAGGAUCGGCGUUAAGGGCGACCAGCGUUAUGCGGUUAAAAUCAUCCCGCGGCAUCUGGCACCGCGGGAGUACGUGUUCCACUUCCUUCCGCGCGAGCUGGCCAUCAUCCCAAAGCUGAAGCACCCGAACAUCAUCCGCGUCUUCGACGUGCUCGAGAUCAAGCGCAAGGUGUUCGUCGUCAUGGAGCUGGCCACGCAGGGCGACCUGCUGCUCAAGAUCACCAACGACGGCCGCUUCUCUGAGAGCAAGGCGUUCCACUACUUCGAGCAGAUCUGCGACGCGGUCGCCUACUUGCACCGACAGAACAUCGUCCACCGGGAUCUCAAGUGCGAGAAUAUUCUGCUUAGCCCUAAACGACAAGUCAAGUUGGCAGACUUCUCCUUCGCCCGACACACGCACAACGCGAACAAGCGCAAGGUCCUCAGCCGGACGUUCUGCGGCAGCGCGGCGUACGCGGCGCCCGAGGUGAUCCAGAACAUCCCGUACCGGCCCAAGCGCUACGACUCGUGGAGCCUCGGGGUGAUCCUCUACAUCAUGGUGUGCGGCCAGCUGCCCUUCGACGACACCAACCCGUUCCAGCAGGUGCGCGCCCAGAUGAGCCGCCAGAUCAGCUUCCCGGCCUCGUACGGCCUCACCAAGAUGUGCCGCAACCUCAUCAGGCACCUGCUCGAGCCGUACGUGCUCUACCGUUGCUCCGUGCCCCGCGCCAUGAAGCACCCCUGGAUGCGCAAGGAGAGGAUCAAGCGGAAGCUCAAGCACAUGAAGGACAGCAAACUGAGCGAGCUGGGGCGGAAGGGGAGCGACGUGAGCAGCGCCGGGUUGCGGGCCGCCCAGUCUGACGUGAGCAUGGCGCAGCUCGCAGCAGGAUCCCCGGGACAGUUCAGGGCCCGCGCCAUGUCCGCAUCGUCGAUGCCGCGAUACCGGGAGCGCGAGGACUUCGACGACUCGCCCGGCUACUACAGCAAGACAACGCUGGCCUGCAACACGGACGAAGGCCCCAUCGGCUGGGGGCAGCCGGGCAUGCAGUACAUGCCGAACCCGAUCUUCCAGCAGCCCAUGCGCCAGGGUCACGCGGUCGUGAACACGCGCGUGGUCCCGCCCCCGAUGGGUGGCGGCUAUGACGCCAUGGGAAUGUACGGAAACAUGGGAGGAGGCAUGAUGGCGGGCACGGGAUACAUGUCACCCAUGGCCGGAGCGGGAAUGUUCCCCAUGCAGGGAGCGCCCAUGAUGGGCAUGCCGCCCCGAAGGCGUCGCUCGGGCGGCAACCUGAACAUAAACGUGGCCACACCGCGCUGCACAAUCUCGGUGUCCAGCAGCUCGUCGGGGUCGUACGUUUAGGUCGAGGCGUUUCUUCCCUACGCCCUGCAGCACCAAUGGAGUGUUCCGGGAGGACCAACGUUGUGCGCCAACGCUACUGGGAAGUGUAUAGAGAGCAACGUAUAGUCGCGGCGUGCCCAAUACCCGUGCUUAGAGCGCGGUACGUACGGUUAAGCAAGAAAAAAAAUUAGAAAGAACGCGAUGCCUGGACGAAAUUAAGGAUAUUUCUUGGCAGCGGUGUGAAAUUUGGUUGUCACGUGCUGUGCAUACCGUUAAUUAUACCUCCGCGAUCGGGAACGCUUUUCAUUCGACCUACCGCUUUUUCGGGACGAUGACGGAAUCGUUCUGUGUUAAAUAUCUGGCGGGGGGAAGGGGCUUUACUAAACGGCGUGUAUUGUAGAAUCCUCGUUCCACAAUUUACUUUGGCCUCAAAUAAAAAUUUCGCACCAGCGCAAAUUAUAAAGCCUUCGGCUAUUUGCUACUAUAGAGGACACAUUAAUUGAAAACGGAGCGGUUGCCGUACAAAUCGCCAAGUGGAACGUCUGAUGCAAUCUUAAGGCCUUGUUCUAGGUAAUAUUAGCUAACUGUGCGAUCACGUUUGCUGCUUACAGUCUGCGAGGAAUCAGCGGAGAGAAAGUGAGAGAGGCUGUAAUUUUUUUUAAUGGUAUACGUGUACAGGUGAUAGCAUAGCCAAACGCUUGCAAUAUUACUACAGAUGAUUAUUAUGAAAGACGAGACAUUAAAAAUAAUUACGUAGAUCAGACAUUACGUAGGACGCAUACGCCUCACUACAAGUGUACGUGUGCAUACCGUUUCUGUGCAAACGCAUUAAAAUUGAUUGUGCAUCACUAGUUCAACUAUGCAAACCGUGAACCCUCGAUUAUUUGUUGUCAGAACAGUGCGCCGCGGACAGGCGCGCAUCACCCGAUUUUUUCUUUGUCCUUGUUUCGGAUUUACCGAAUAACUUCGUAGUUAGAAAUAAGUAAUCGCAAUGAGUCAGCCGCGGGGGGUCGCAAUACAUUUGCUUGCCGUGCGUUCCUGUUGUGCCCUAUAAAGACGUCAAGAACAAGAUUCGAUCCGCUUUGGUGCCGACGGUGACGGAUGGUUCCUUCUAUUGUCUCUGCUAAGGUUAUUUAAGACGGCAGCAUUUCUGGGACGCUUCUUACGCGUUGCGUUGCAUCUGCGCCUGACAAUGGUAUCGGAGGGGAAAAAAUAAACAAACAUAAGACAAGCGUGACGUGAAAAGCCACUUGCCUUCCUUUGUUUUUGGAGAAGAACUCGUAGUUGCGUGUCAAGCGACACUCCGAACAUGCGAAAGCGACCGGCGCAGCUCCUCGCUCUAGGAUUCGCCGUCGUCUUGCUGCUUUCGGAUGGUGCGGCCGGAGAGUCAUGCCCGAAGACGAUCUGGCGACAACUUGGGCUCACGGGGUACCUGAGCUCGUGUAGGUACUGGUGCAGGGGCUUCCUGCCCAGGAUUGGUUAUGAAAAAGAUGGGACGCCCUGCACGAGAUUCUUCCGAAGCGGUGCCUGCCGGAACGGUUACUGCAUCACGGAUGUCCCGCCCGAUCCGAGUCUGCAAACACGGGGUGACGGGGCCGGCGGUCGAAACGGUGGGCGCGUUGUCCAGUCCACCGGUAGCGGAAGCGCUGCGGCCGUGCUGCCUUCCAACGCGCAGGGAGCAGCCCCCACCGGAAGGGGCACUGCUGCGACCAACGGAGUCGUUGCCGGCGGUGUCGUCAACGGUGUGAAGAACAAAACGACCGAGGCGCGAGGCCCAGGGCAGCGAGUCGCUGCACCCGUGUCUAAGACCUAAGGCAACGUUACCGCCGGGAAACAAUAAUAAAAUGGUAUAAGCUGCC